AUGAGUACGAAAGAAGUGGCGGACCAUGGGACAAAGGCUAAUGUUAUCGUUGCGGUUCAGGCUUCGAUUUUGCUUUGUUUUGCCAUUGGAAGGUAGGUUACUGUAGUUUUUGGUAAAAUACGUCCAGAAAUUUGUUUUGGUUUGUACUUCAAAUAUGAACUUUAAUCUUUGUAUCAAUUUUAAACCAAUUUCAUUCAUUUACAGUAAAGAUAUACUUAAAAACAGUAAAGAUAUACCUAAAAUAAUAUUAUUUUUAAUUUUUUAAAAGCCAAAAAAAUUUUUUUUGUAAAAAAAAUAUUUCAGUAUCAUGAGCUGGAACGUUGUGAUAAUAACAAUAUCUGACCUUCACUUGGCUUUGGGAUCAAGGUCGAAUACGACUCAAGUUAAGGAAGAUACCACUUAUUUUCAAAGUGCUGGACUCAAAGUCUUUUAUGACCCUGUACAACAAGGAAUCUUGUAUGCUGGUAAGUAUAGUAUACAGAAUUGUAACCUCGAUUUAAUAAAAGAAAAUUUUAGAUUUUAAGGCAGGGAAACUUAAAGUAGUACAGUAAAUUAUUAUAAUAUAGCACAGUAUAGUACUAAGCACUACUACUUGUAAAAAAAGUAAAUUUUUUUAAAUUUGUGGUAUUUAGUGCCUAUAAAUAGCAUUAAAAUUUAGAAAUUUUUGUUUUUGAGUGCUUAGUACUAUAUAGGACCGAACAAACAAAAAUUUUUUUUGUUUUAUAGUGCUAUUCUGUACCAGUUAGCAUUAAAAUAUCUAAAAGCUUUAAUGUUAGAUAUUUGUGUUUUACAAGGUGCUAUUCAGUACUGAAAACACAAAAAUUUAAUUUUUAGUACUAUAUAGUACCAAAAAACCAAAAAAAUAUUUUUGAUGUUAUAUAGUACCAGCUAGUAAUAAAAAACAAAAAAAAGUUUAAUAUUAGAUAUUUCUGGUUUUUUAGGUACUAUUCGGUACUAAAAACAUAAAAAUUUUGAUUAUUUUAAUUUGGUACUAUUUACUAUAAUUGGUACUAAAUUAACAAUAAUUUCAUAUUUGUAUAAUACUAUUCUUUACUAUAAUCGACACAACUUUGCAGCCCCCCUAGUCAGCGGCCUAAUCUUUGCCUAUCCCAUUCAACGCUGCCUUUGCCAAUAUCAUGCUCGCUUUGUCUACAGUAUAAUCACAGCUGUCAGUAUCGUAUCAACAGCUGUUCAUCCCUUAAUGUUACCUGAAAACUUUUACUUGGUAGUACUUGUAAGACUAGUACAAGGUGUUGUGUUUGCUUUGGUCUUCCCUACCAUUGCCUACUUCAUAACAUACUGGUCGACUUUGGCCGAGAAUACGGUGUUUAUGAGUAUUUUUAUGGGAGUAGCACAACUGUCGGGUUUACUGAGUAUUCCGUUGAGCAGUUACUUUGUUAAACAUUACGGAUGGCCAUUGGCUUUCUAUGCUCAUGCUGGAAUCACUGGGUUGUUUUGGCUGAUAUGGACUUUUAAUUACCGGUAGGUUUGAAGUUGUAUUUGAAUUUUAAGAUUUGAAAAGUUAAGGUAUGUAGGUAAAGUAAGGCUUGGUAUAGUAAAAACCAGGGUCCUCAAGCCUUCUAACCGUCACUUUUUUCAGUGAAAACACAGUAUUCAGCAGAGCAAACCUAGCUAGAACAAAGCUAUCAUUCUCAACUAUGGCCUACCAUCUUCGUCAGACCAAUACCUGGGCAGUACUAUUUGCCACAGCUGCUAAUUGUACUCUAGUAGUGUUUGUAGUCCAAUUCUUACAGUUAUUCUUAAUGUCAGCUCACGGAGUUCGAAUGCAAAACGCCGGAGUCAUCGUUGGUGGUCUUAUAGCUUCGCAGGUAAGACAAUAUCCGAUAUAUUGGUCAUUAAGUAGGGUUGAAAUUGAAUUUUUAUUAAUUUUGAUAAAUUUAAGUUUGAAAAUUAAUAUAACGUAUUUUACUGUACUCUACCAAAUUUUACAUUUUCAGUUUUUUGUAAAAGUCAUAUCCGGCUUUUUGGUCCAAAAGAUGACGUUCAUGCCAUUAUCGUGGCGAAUUCGCUUUUUCAAUUCCAUAGCCUUCUUUGCACCAGCAGCACUAUUAGUCUGGGAUGCGACAGGGCUGAAGAGUGACCAAGCUAAAUUGCUUAGUAUUUUAUUGGUCUUUGUGGUUGGCGGAUUCAAUGCCGGAGGGUUUUUGAAAUCGCCAGCUUUUAUUCAACAAGGCGCUUGGAUCGUUGGGGCUGUUCAUGUAAGUUUCUAUACCAUUUUUGGACAUCCUUUUUGAUAAAAAAUGUAAAAAUUUGAUUAUAUAAGGUUUUUGUAGAAAACUUUGAAUUUUGGACGAAAUGUCACAAAGUUAUUGGAAAAAAAGACGAAGUGUCACAAAAUUAUCGGUUUCUAUUUUUUUGCCAAAAUCAAUUUUAAAGUUAAUUAGUUGACAGGUAUAACUCAUAAUAUAUAAAUUUAGGCAGUAAACGCUCUUGUAAGUAUUACUUUCUCCAUGGUCGUACCAAUUCUAGCUCCAAACGGCUCAUUCCACGAAUUUCAUUUUUGUUUUGUGAUUGUUGCCACAGCACUAACCGUUGGCAAUAUUUUAUUCUGUUUGCUAAGCCGUGCUGGUGAACCUAAUCAUACUGCAAGUAUGCUAACGAUCUCAACUAUAGCACCGUUUGGAGAUUUUUAA